AUGGCGUCAGGUUUGGAGAAUUAUAUAAAUCAGACCGUGUCAGUAAUCACAUCUGACGGGCGUAACUUUAUUGGCACACUAAAAGGGUUUGAUCAAACGAUUAAUAUUAUAUUGGAUGAAUCCCAUGAAAGAGUGUUUUCUUCAUCAACUGGUGUAGCACAAGUUGUUCUUGGUCUUCAUAUAAUCCGAGGCGAUAAUGUGGCAAUCGUCGGGCAAAUCGACGAAUCAAUAGAUAGCAGGCUGGACCUUGGUAAUAUUAAGGCAGAACCUCUAGGAGCUAUUGUACAUUAA